AUGACUGUGUCAAACUUGGUUGAUGCUUGGCGAUUUCAACACCCGGACCUUCAAGAGCUUACAAGUUCUAACAGCAGCUCUCGUAUUGAUUACGUCUUAGUAAGCUCCAGACUUUUUCAAAAAAAUGAGCGAAAACAGGUAUUGGAAAAUCCUCAUCUUAAGGUGAAUGGGCUUCAGCACUUGCAAGCCCGAAAUCCGUCUGCUGCUGACCCAACAAUACUUGCCACUGCUAAGGCCCAACUUAAAGAAAGGCUGGCCGAGCAAAACUACCAUGCGUUGAAGCACAAGUUUACCUCCAACUUAGAAAACACCGAGCGCUGCUUUAAAUUUUUCUUUUGGCCGCCCCAAGUACUCUACAAGACGCCCAUUUCUGUGGAUUUGGCCGAAGACUUGGAUUCCACUUGCGCCGAACUUUUGUCCUUCUGGUCUAGAAUAUACUGCUCGCCUUUAAAAAAGUUUGGUCAUGGGCAAUUCAAAUCGGAGAGUAUCAAUCUUACCCGAUUUUUUCAGAACACUACGGCACGUCUCGCGCCAAAGAAUCAGGCUUACUUGGACAGCCCCUUUACGGUGAUUAAGUUUUAUUGGGCAUUAACUCACACUACUAUUGGAAAAACUCCGGGGCAAGAUGGUUUACCGGUUAGUAUAUUACAUGACGGACUUACCUCUCGGGAGUCAAAUAUUUUAGGUGGUCUAUGCUGCUCAAUUUGA